GAGAGGAGGAGGAGGUGCCCUAUGGUUUUGCUUUGCGGGAUUUAUUUCGCCAGCUCCAGACCUUGUUGUGCGUUAUCAUUUUUUUUCCACCCCCCCUCUUCUGAUCAAAGGCCUUCAACUUGUCCGGACGGUCCUUUCCUCACUCGCAAGGGUGCAAGUUAGCCGUCCCUGGGCUGGAGGUGUCAGUCGGAGAAGAAAAAUGUGGCAGCACCUGCUCAGCUUACUUUGGAGGGAUAAGUUCACUGAACAGACAUUUGCUUUGACUUGAAAAGCCCCUCCUCUGAGGGAAUUGGGAGCUUGGUGAGAGCAUGAUGGAUUUGAUGGACUGCCUUUUGGGAUCGUUGAGUGGAACCUAGAUUGAUUGAGUGACUUGAUGCAGUUUGGAAUUUCCUUUACAAGGCUUUGUCCCUUGGAUAUUACCCAAUUGCCUUGGAUCCGACCGACUGACAACAAUCUUAAGGAUAUUGCGGAGAUUCUCCUCUAGAGUCUUUUCACUCCAGGGUCUGAGUCCUUCUGGGAGGUGGGUUUAAUUGGAUAUUCGCCAUGAAGGACGUGGACGGACCUCGAUCCAACGGCCUGCGGAAAAAGAGGAAGUCGAGGUCAGAACGGGAUCGAGAGAGGAGAUCGAAUGGGACGAAGAGCAGCCACAUUAAAGGCUCAGUGUUUGGCCUUUCCUCUGACUCUGAGCGGGAGGCUGAACGGGAGCCCUCCUCAUCCCGACCUCGACCCCCGCGGAGGAAGCGAAAGGAAUCUACGUCUGCUGAGGAGGACAUCAUCGAUGGCUUCUCCAUCACAGGCUUUGUCACCCUGGAGGCUCUGGAGAAGAACAUGACAUUGACGCCCCAGGAGAGCAGAAACAGCCUGGCGGGCCCCCUAAGCAAGAAAAAGCCUCCCAAACUCCCUAAUGGCUUAAGCCUGGAGUCUUGGAAGAACCAUCAGCACCAGUCGUCAGACCAGGAGAACAAUCCCCGUCUAGCACACACACAGGGGAAGAAGAAGAAGAAACACCUGAAGAAGAAGCGCACAAUGCUGAAACCUGGGCAGAACAACAGCAAGGACAGCGACAGCGAGAGUGUGAGCGGCAAGUACAAGCCCUCCAUCAGGAGCAGCUCCAGAGACAGACUGACAGAUUGUGACACUGAGACUGACCAGGAAGACAAGGUUUCCGAUGCCAGUUCAGAGAAAUUUUUCAGCACAGCUACAGCUAAAGGUCCAGAUUUUGGCAUCAAUGCUCUCUCCACCAAUGGCAGCCAGGAGCCUCACGGCCCGGGCCUCCUCAAGGUGUCAGGCCUAGAGCGGAGCCAGGAAAGGAGCCAGGAGAGCUGCAGGGACCCGCAGCCUCCUGAAUCCAACGCCCUAAAUCCAGCUCUUGCUCCGCCACAGCCUGAGACGUCCGUCGCCCAGGCCCCGCCCCCUCUACAGACCCUAACAAACGGCUCUGCCCAGGCCCCGGCUCCGACCCUGCAACCCACACAGUCUGAGGCUCUCCCCGCGCCCCGGACACCUGCAGCCCUGCCUCUUGCCCAGGGCCAAGGGUCCUCAGCGCCCCCUCUUCCCCGGCCACAGCUACAGCCUGAACACCCUACCCACACAAGGCCUCAACCGACGCCAAGCCUUCAUCCACACCCUCCAUCUCCUGCCCUUCCUACCCACCACCCUCACCAACAGCACCCCAAUCAGGCGGGGCCUCAUCGGCCCCCAUCGCGCUGCAACCCCAGGCCCCUUUCUGCUUACAACGGCCUCAACCUUAACGGCCACAGCAGCAGCAGGAGCAGCACCCCAGGCACCAAGCUGCAGGGAUCCUCUGCUCCCUCCUUACACCUUCCCAACCAGCAGCCUGCUCCGGCAGCAGCUCCCUUCCCUCUGCCUCUGGCUGCCAACCAGAGCGCCCCCCACAGCUUCCCCUCUGCGCUGCAGCCCUCGCCACAUCCUCAUCACCCCAAUAUGUUUGCGACUCCAGCAGCAUUGCCUCCACCACCACCGCUGACAUCGAGCACCCUACCGGUUCCUGGACAUCCUGCUGCUGGGAGUGCCUAUUCAGAACAAGACCUUCUCCGUCAGGAGCUCAACACUCGAUUCCUGGCCUCUCAGAGCGCGGACCGCGGCGCCUCGCUGGGUCCUCCCCCCUACCUGCGAACAGAGUUCCACCAGCACCAACAUCAGCAUCAGCACCAACACACCCACCAGCACACGCACCAGCACACGUUCACGCCCUUCCCCCACGCCAUCAUGCCCACCCCAGCACCACCCAUGGUGCGUACCCCAACCAGAAAUUUUGACAAAUACCCAACAAAAGUCGAUCCCUUCUACAGACACAGUCUCUUCCACUCAUACCCUCCAGCCAUGUCUGGUCUUCCACCUGUCAUCCCCCCAACUGGACCCUUCAGCUCCCUGCAGGGUGCUUUCCAACCCAAGACCUCUAAUCCACUGGAUGUGUCUACCCGACCUGGCGCAGUCCCUCACACGUUCCUACAGAAGGACCCCAGGUUAACGGAUCCAUUUCGGCCCAUUCUAAGGAAACCUGGGAAGUGGUGUGCGAUGCAUGUCCAUAUUGCCUGGCAGACAUACCACCACCAACAGAAAGUAAAGCAGCAGAUGCAGGUCGACCCUCACAAGCUAGACUUCGGCCUCAAGCCCGAGUUCCUGAGUCGACAUCCAGGCCCCAGCCUGUUUGGAGCCAUCCAUCACCCAAGUGACUUGGCACGGCCUGCUACGCUCUUCUCUGCUGCAGGCCCUACCCACCCGUCAGCUGCUCCCUUCGGCCACCCACCCCCUCAUCCUGGAAACUUCCUCACCCCAGCAUCACACUUAGAACCUUUCAAUAGGCCCUCAUCCUUCGGAGGACUAGGAUCUCUCAGUUCAUCGGCCUUUGGGGGGCUAGGAAAUCCAGCACUAAAAUCCCUAACAGCGGCCAACUCUGUGUUCGGCCAUAAGGACGGCCCCAACGCACAGCAGCACUUAAACAACAGCAGUAACAGCAGCCACCAGGAGCCAUGGAACCGCCUGCACCGCACACCCCCCUCAUUCCCCACACCACCCCCCUGGCUAAAACCUGGAGACUCUGAGAGGAGCGCCUCUGUCAGCUCGCACGAGAGGGAUCGGGACUCGGAUAAACGGGACUCGGUCAGUAAAGACGACAAAGACAGGGACUCGGUAGAGAAGCGUCAGCCAAGCCAUCCAUCCCCUGUCCCCGUCCAUCCACUCAACCUCCUUGGCCACAGCCGGCCCCCUGAGCACCACAGGAACCACCUGCCUGUUGCUUCUGGAGACCCACAGAGAGACAAGGAAACAAAGGCCAAAGACAAAGAGAGGGAGCACCCAGACUCUUGGAAAGACAACGCAGAUGAACACAAGCUCAAAGAAAACCAGCACAGUGACAAGGACACACCCGUCAUCCAUGACGGCCGAGUGUCAGAGGACAAAUUGCCCAACAGGGGAACUACGUCCCCCUACGUUCGGCAGACCAGCUUGGAGCGUCCCAAUGGUGGCCUGAGCAGAGAUGUCCUGGAGAGGAAGGCAGAGCUGCCGUUUGAGCAGCAGAAGAAGAACAACAGCAGUGAGGUCAAAGUAAAGGAGGAGAGGAAAGAGGAGCAGGACGGAGUAACAGAGAGGAUCAGUGAGCCCCCUUCACAGGCAUCCGCCACACCGACGCUCCACCCACCCUCCUCGGUGCCUGUUCCCAUGGGCAUGGCAGGAGUCCAUCCCAUCAACAGCAUCAGCGGUCUAGAGAGAACUCGUGUUGUGGCCCCCUUCAUGGGAGCCAGCCCUCUCCCUGGAGCCGAGAGGUUCCCCUAUCCCGCUUUUCACUGGGACCCAAUGAGGGAUCCCUACAGGGGCCUGGACAUCCACAGAAGGGACCCUUUAGGCAGGGACCUGCUGUUGAGGAACGAUCCUCUGCACCGGCUGGCGGUGCCACGCCUCUAUGAGGCCGAGCGCUCCUACAGGGACCGUGAACCUCACGACUUUAACCGUGACCACGCCCAUUCUCUGGCCCUGGAGCAGAGAAGGGAACAGGAGCGAGCACAUCUGGAGGAGCGCGACCGCCUCAACAUGCUCAGAGAGGACUAUGAGCAUGGUCGCCUCCACCCCUCAAUGCAUCAUCCUGUCCUUGAUGGACACCUUCCCCACCCCGCCCCAGCCCUUAUGGCCCCAGGACUGCCAGGCAUGCACUACUCCAGAGUCAGCCCCUCAGCGGCGGUGGCAGCGGCGGCCGCCGCGCAUCAGAACAGCAUCUUAAACAAAACACCACCCACAGCAUCCCUGAGUGCUCCGCCCCCCCUCAUCCCCACCCUGGGGGCACGGCCCGGUUCGCCCAGACGGACUACUCCCCUGGCCACAGAUAUCAGGGACAGACCGACUCACAAAGACAUCGAGGCGCGAUGAGCCAAGCCGGCGUCCCUCCAGCCCUGUGCCUCACCAUCACUAAACUCACACCCAGCACUUAGCUUUGGACAAAGCAAGACUGUAACAUAGCUGUGAAUAAUUUAUGUGGACAGAGACAUGUCUACAGAUGUUUUUUUGUAUAAAACUAAAACGAAAAGAACCUUUUUUUUUUUAGUUUGCUCCAUGGUUUGUGUGCAUUCUUUAUCCUGUAUAGCGAAGUGAUGUGGAGUAAGACUAAACUUUGGAAUGUACAGCUACUUUAGCACUGACAGUCAUGUAGAUAAUGUGUGCAGUCGGUGUGCUCACUCUGUAUGGAUCGAAAAUCAUGGUACAAAUAUGCAAAAGAGUGUUUCGAAAGCUUUACUUUGACUAAAUGUAGAUAUAGGAGUAUUAAGGCUUUGAUUCAGAAUGUGCUUUUCUUUUUUUGUUUUUGCAAUCGGUUUUCUUUUCAGCAUGUUCCAGAGAUUCCACAUACAACUAUGCAACAAAUGUCUGGGCUCCUGUUCGGAAAGCCGGCCUUCUCAGCGCUGCUGACUGCGCACCAAUAAUGGCAAACACGGCUGGAUUCUCCCCAACAUCCAGAAUCCGCAAUGACAAACACGAGCUUUAACCGGUUCGCAGAGGUCGGGAUUUUUUCCGAUGAAGCUAAAUGAUAAAUGUUUAAGAAUGACUCUAUCAUACGAUAAAUUGUAGUGACAAUCUACAUUCUUGCAUUGAAUCUCAACGUAUUUUUAUUGAUUGCCAAAUCCCAGCUAAAACAACGCUUAUUUGUUGUCUUGGCUCCUCUGGUUCUGGUUGUGGGGAGAAUGCAGCCCAGUCAACACCACGACAGCACAUUAGCCCAACCGACGGUGUGUAAAGUACAUGUUUUGGAAAUUAAUUCUGUUGGUCGGACAGUGUAAUAAAGUGCUUUCCUGAGUUGUUGUACCUACAAAUACAAAAGACAAAAAAAUGCAAGUCUCAGCUAUGGGCAGUUUGUUUCUAACUUGCAGAGAUCUAUUUUAGUAGUUCCUGAAGGUUUAGUUGUGCGCUUCAAACUCUGUGAUAUCAUGUUGUGCAGUGUUUUUUUAACCUAACGAUAAAAUGUCCACCAGAGCCAUAGUGGUUAGUCGAUGCGUAACGCCAGAAGAUUGUUACCAGAGAAACUCUUUUGCCGUUUACCGUGUACAGAGAGAGGGGGGCAGGGGUGGGGCGGGGUGGGGUGGGGGAGGGGGGGCUUUCUAGCUCAUGUACAAAAAUGAGAAAAAAAAAUGAAGUGACUGAAUCUUCAGCAUGUUCCUCAUUUAAACUUGUGAUAUGUAAAUUGUGCCAUGUUAUUAAAAAAUGUGUACUUUAGCUGUCUUCGAGCCCUUAUUUUUCCAUCCACCUUUAUAAGGUGCUGUGCAGAAAUAGUCCCACCCCUUGACUGAACAGUUUGUCAUGUUGUCAACUGUAAUCCCCAUUGUGAAGGGGAAGGAUAACUAUACGUGGGUUUCAAAGUGUUUAAUAAUAAAAAUGUGAAUUAUGGCGUA